GCCGAUCCGAACGUGACCACAUUUGCCGGAGAAACAUCAUUGCACAUGGCAUCUCGAGUCGGUUCGGCCGAUAUCGCACGCAUGCUCAUCGAUUUCGGUAUGUGUACUGACACGGAGGAUCUGGCCUUGCAAACCGCGAUGCACAAAGCCGCGGAACGGAACAAUCUGGACGUGAUGAAACUGUUGAUCAAAAAAGGAAGUAACAUGGAAAAUGAGGACAGUAAUGCAUGCACUCCUCUCCUAUUGGCUGUGUCUAAAGGUCAUGUGGAAAUUGUUCAACUGCUGAUCGAACACGGAGCCAAUUUGUUCGCCCAGGAUAAAAAUGCCAAAUCAGUCAUCUAUUUGAGCGCCGAAUGCAACAGUUUGGACGUCCUUCGUAUGAUCCUACUGAAUGACAAGGCCAAAAAGUUGAUCAAUGUGCCCAAUAUUUAUGGCAACACAGCGUUACACGUGGCCGCGAAACUUGGUCAUUUGGAAGUUGUGAAGACUCUUUUGGACAAUGGAGCAAACUUAUUGGCGAAAAACGAACGAGAGCGUCUUGCCUUUCAUUAUGCGGCCAAAAAGGGCAGAUUACAGCAGACCUUAGUCAACCAUGUUGUCGAGCUCGCUGACGAACUUCUAUUCGGUGGGUUGGUGAAGCCGUGUGAUUUGCGCGAGACAGCUAAGCCAGAUCCGACUCGGGAAACACAAAUGGUGACACACUGUUUCGUGCGCGCUACUGCUAGGGUACAGUUGGUCUUAGACUUGGACGAUAGCUCAGUCAUCAAAGGUAACUACGACCAGAGACGAGUUCAGUGCCUAGAUUGUACUCCAAGCGAUGCAUUUUUCACCAUGGGAAUCAUGGGCCAUACACAUUUCUUUUCUUUCGCUUGCCACGCACUUACUCCUCGCGGAUGCGACAGUAUCGCCCGACUCCUGCUCCGGAAAGCUCCCAGUGUCGUAUCGGAGCUGGAUGAAGACGGGAAUUCGGCAAUUCAUCUGGCCGCGGCAAAAGGACACCAGAAAGUCAUCGAUUUACUACUCAAAUGCGGUGCAGCCGUGGAUUCACGAAACAGUAUGCGCUGGGCACCGUUGGACUGUGCCGCGGCUAAUGGGCAUAGGGCUUGUGCGCAAUUCUUGCUGGAAAAUGAUUCUCCCACCACACCACUUCACUUAGCCUGUAAGCACGGGCAUACAUGCCUGGUUGAAUUGUUACUCGAUUGGGGUGCCGAUCCCGGUGUUCGAUUGGUGUUAAACGAGAAUACACCCGGAUGUGGACCGAACGCGUUGGACAGCGCAAUCGAUCACGGACAGAAGUAUGUGAUGCAUGUAUGCUCACUGUAUAUGUAUCUGGCCGAAUACGUACUAGAUCGAUGUUUGACUCAGAGUUCCAGCCGUGAGGAUGACUACGGAUCCGGUAUUGUGCAUUACAAUUUCGAAUUUGUCGAGGACACCUACGCCUAUUGGUCCGGUCCAGCUAUUCAGCGAGCUGAAGAGACGAAGCAGUUCAAAAACGGGACAGGCAUGUUUGCUGGGUCCAGUCAACAAGUCCAGUUGAAAAAUGCUCAGUUCAGUCAAUUUGAGAAGUGCGGGGAGAACGGUGAAUUCGAAUUAGUCAGCUCCAGCGGGAAAUAA